GCCAUUUCAUCCAACGCCGCUUCCUGCAACACGCUGUCCUUCCCUCUCUUCCAUGGCAUCUGUCUCGCGGACCUGAACCUGCAUCACUACCAACACCUUCUCCCAAUGGAGCUUGGAGAUGCUGAGGCCUAAAGUCCUCUCCCCCUCCCAUCCUAAAGAAUCUUCCGGUAGACGGGACCAAGAUGGCUUGACUUCCACUUCGACAGGAGCAGUUGGAUUUGGGGUCCUUCCUGGUGGAAUCCCACUGAAAAAAAUGAACUGAGCCACAGCCAGUCCUUAAGAUCUGUGAGAUUUGAGGACAGACUCAACUGGGAUGUAGUGUGAUCUGAUGCCUUGGUUACCCUGAUGAAACUAAUCCCUGGAAGAAUUGGUGAGCGCCUGUUUUUUGCUAUAGGAAUGGAUCAGUCUGGAGAUUUUUUGCUUAAAGGGAGGGGGUUCCUGCUGGUUGGAUUCUAGUGGAAAUGGACUGAUCUGAGGUGGGACCUGGUAGAAGGAAAACCUAGUAGACUGGAUUUUGCUGCUGUCUAAUUGGGGAGUCAGACUAGACCAGCUUGAAUUUCACGGAAAAAAACGAUGGAGUAACCUUGGUCCAGACAUGGCAAAUGGGGCUCUGUUCUUCUGGAUGCAUCCUUUAAGCUGGCGGCAGACUCUGCUCUCCAUCCCCACCAACCCUCCUCCUCCUCCUCCUCCUCCUCCUCCUCCUCAGCAAGAGCUGAUUUUGCCAUUCUCCUAAGCAGUCAUCAUCAUCGGAAGAAAAAACGACAAUGCCUCCCUUUAGUACUGGGGACAUGGGCUGUCACCGGGCACAUUGCCGCUGACCCAGGUUCCCCCUUUCCUUCCCCAGCCUAAAGAUGGCCAGCGCCAAUGAGACUGAAGAGGCCCAUGGCUCAGCACCCAGCCCAGCUUCCACUUACGCCAAGCUGCUACUCCUGGGCCUCAUCAUCUGUGUGAGUCUAGCAGGGAAUCUGUCUCUCUCACUGCUGGUGUUGAAAGAACGUGGUCUCCACAAGGCCCCCUAUUACUUCUUACUGGAUCUGUGCCUGGCUGAUGUGAUCCGCUCAGCUGUCUGCUUUCCUUUUGUUCUCGUCUCUAUCCGCCAUGGCUCUGCUUGGACCUACAGUGUACUGAGCUGCAAGAUUGUGGCCUUCAUGGCUGUUCUCUUCUGUUUCCAUGCUGCCUUUCUCCUCUUCUGCAUCAGCGUCACUCGCUAUAUGGCUGUGGCUCACCACCGCUUCUAUGCGAAACGCAUGACUUUCUGGACGUGCAUUGCUGUCAUCUGCAUGGUGUGGACUUUGUCAGUGGCUAUGGCCUUUCCACCAGUCUUUGAUGUUGGGACCUACAAGUUCAUCCGUGAGGAAGACCAGUGCAUCUUUGAGCACCGCUACUUCAAAGCCAAUGACACCCUGGGCUUCAUGCUCAUGCUAGCCGUGCUGAUCUUCGCCACCCACGUGGUUUAUAUCAAGCUACUGCUCUUUGAGUACCGCCAUCGUAAGAUGAAGCCUGUCCAAAUGGUUCCAGCUAUCAGCCAGAACUGGACGUUCCAUGGACCUGGAGCCACUGGACAAGCUGCGGCCAACUGGAUUGCUGGCUUUGGCCGUGGCCCCAUGCCUCCUACAUUGUUGGGCAUACGGCAGAACGCCCAUGCUGCCAAUCGGCGCUUGCUGGGCAUGGAAGAAUUCAAGGCUGAGAAGAAGCUAGGCAGGAUGUUCUACGUCAUCACUUUGCUCUUCUUGGUGCUCUGGUCACCCUACAUUGUGGCCUGCUAUUGGAGGGUAUUUGUCAAAGCCUGUAGCAUCCCCCACCGCUACCUCUCCACAGCCGUUUGGAUGAGCUUUGCCCAAGCUGCUGUCAAUCCCAUAGUUUGCUUUCUACUCAACAAAGACCUCAAGAAAGGCUUGAUUGCCCACAUUCCCUGCUGGAGGACAGAGCCUGAAUUGCCCAGAGAGCCUUACUGUGUGAUGUGAGGAAUGCUAAAAGGUUGGCUAGAAUGCACCCCACCCAUGCCAACUGUAUUUGAUUUUCUUUUUCCUCAUAUGUCACACAAGGUUUUUCUUCCCCUGCAACAGGUCAUGGUCCCCCAGAGUACUUGUAUCACAAACACUCUGAUCUCUCAGUUGUCUAAGGGUCGUUAUCAAAAUCAUCCAUUAGCUGCUAUGAGACCAGAGCUGGAUUCUGGUCUGUGUUCCUCUGGGGUAAAUCCAGAGCCAUAUGAUGACAGUAUUUGGUCCCUAGUAGUAUUCCAUCAGUUCUCAGAAGAGGUGAAAAAUAUCCUAUGCUUUCCUGGUUUUAUAAUCCCCAAACUCUAUCAAAUCAUUUAAGACUGUCCCUACAAAACUCUAUCCCUAGCUUCUUAAUACCCAUUAUUGCUUUGAAAGUAGGCCAGAGUUAGAUUUUUGGGUUUGAUCUCCUAGAGUGAAGCCAAAACUAUUCCACUCACUGGAGCAGAAAUAGUUUGCGCUCAGUGGUUUUGUUUGGUUUUACAGCUAGAGGGUGACAAUUAAAAGGGGUCCCUAUUGAUGGAAUGUACUUUUAUGCAAGAUUAAUUUUCUGAUCCAGUAACUCCAUCAAUGAAAUAAAUUCCACAUGAUCUCAGAAUUUGUGGGGCUAUGGGGGGAUGGAGGAUGGGCCGAGAGAGGGUGGAGGAAAGGAAGCAGCAGACAGAGUUGUUCAAGGGAAUGCCAUGGAGCCAGCCAUGACUUAGCUCUUUGUCUGUCAGAAGCGGUAACCAGGGAGCCUUGGAAACUCCACCUCAGUUGCCAUGGCAGCAACCAAUCCAGGAUCCUGUAGACCAUGUCACCCUGGAACAAUGCAAGGAGGAAGAUGCAGGAGAUGCAUUUGGUGGGGAGAGGCCUGUGUGUGUGUGGGAGGAACCCAUUCCCUUAAGAGUGGGAAAUGAUAUAUCAAUAUGCAAAGUAGAGUGCAUCCAAGGCUGCAGAGAAAUGUAGGGUGACUACAUGGAAAUCAUAAGGCGUGAUGUCAGUGUGGUAGUACAUAUUCUGCUAAGAUGAAAAGUAAAGAACACUACUGUUCAAGGUUUAUAUAUUUCUAUAGCCACCCCUCCCUACUUGCAGACACUCAAAACACCUGCCCAUGCCACAUAUCACAACAUUGUCUGCAUCUCCUGUUGAGAGAUGUUUUCAGUUUAAGUAAGAGAAGCUCACCUGCCCAAAUUUACUAUCCCAUAUUUCUGGAUUUAUUCCAGCAGACAAGCUAUUGGCCUUUGGAUCACUGAUGGAAAGAGGACAAAGUGCCUCUUGAGUUAGAAAAGGCAUCCUAGUUCUGCUGCUAAACCUUAAGAUGGAAAUCAACCAUAGGAAAAAGUGGGGUGGGUGGACAGCCUGUGAGAGAAAACAUGGGUGUACUGGUUAGAAAAUUGGGAGAGAAAAUGUCACACCUGAACUGUAGUGAGGGCAGGGGGAAUAUAGGGGUCAGAAUUCCUGAUUCUCUUUUCAUUCAACAAUAUGAAUAGAGUUUGGGGUUUGGAACAGGAGAAGCUAUAACUGACUGGUUGAGUUCAUACUUAGUGAUAGUACCCACCUGUCCCAUCGUUGCAUUUUCUGAAGCAGGAACUCUCCAAAUUCAAACUGACCGAUUCCUAGCCAUAUAGUUUGAUCCUACUGAGAUGGACAUGAUUACUGUUUGCAAUUAAAUGCUCCUUAUGGGAUGGGAUUGGGAGGCAUGGGCUGGGAGAAAAGAUCGAGGAGGAAGAAAGUGUUGGGGAGAGAUUCCUGGAAGAGGCUUUGUUGCCAGUAUUGUGUGAGAAAGGCAAAUGGGACAUUUGAAGAGGGCUGUAUGUCAGGGAAAGAAACGAGAGAACGUUAGUUCAGGAGAUGGAAGAGUCAGAGCCUGGGAGUGGGGGCAGGAUUUGGGGAACCAGAUGAAUUUAGUGCAGAGAUUGGGGCUUUCCCCAACGUUUUCCCUUCAAAGGACUCUGAUGUUUACUUUUGCCUCUGAAGAAGACUGUUCGUCUUACCCUCCAGUCCUGCCACCACAGAAUGGCCUUAAUCACUGGUCAGCAUUACGGCCACCCCAUGGAGAACCAUAUUUGAAAAAUAUGGCAGAUGAACAGAUGAUUUCCAGAAUUUGUUUUCUGGAAAGAGACACGAAAAAAGUUGUUGUUGUUUUUUAAAGGGGAAAUGAA